GGAAGUGGAAGUGAAUGUUUUACCCCCCCCCCCCCCCCCGUUAGCGACGCCAUAUUGGGUUUUGUGGAUAGUAAGGGGGGGGGGAGGGGGAACGGAAGGAAGAACCCGGCUUGGGCGUCCAAACUGAGGUGACAGGAGGGUGGUGCUGCAGUUCAUAUCUCAAUGCUUAGAUGUUAUAACUCAGCUCCUGCCUUAUCAAGGUGAAGAUGUCUAACAAGGCUCAUUCCUGCAUUUCUCAACCAUGUCAGAAGGGGACAGUAUUGGUGAGUCUGUGCAUGGAAAGCCUUCUGUGGUCUAUAGAUUUUUCUCAAGACUUGGACAGAUCUACCAAUCCUGGUUAGACAAAUCUACUCCAUAUACUGCAGUGCGAUGGAUUGUAACUUUGGGUCUGAGUUUUAUCUACAUGAUUAGAGUUUAUUUACUGCAGGGUUGGUACAUUGUGACAUAUGCCUUGGGAAUCUACCAUCUAAAUCUCUUCAUAGCUUUCUUGUCGCCAAAGGUAGACCCCUCUUUAAUGGAAGAUUCAGAUGAUGGUCCUUCCUUACCCACAAGGCAAAAUGAAGAAUUUCGGCCUUUCAUUAGAAGGCUCCCAGAGUUUAAAUUCUGGCACUCUGCCACUAAAGGAAUCCUGGUUGCUAUGGCGUGUACAUUCUUCGAGGCUUUCAACGUUCCUGUGUUUUGGCCAAUCCUUGUGAUGUACUUCAUUAUGCUAUUUUGUAUCACUAUGAAGAGGCAAAUCAAGCACAUGAUAAAGUACAGAUAUAUACCCUUCACACAUGGCAAGAGGAAAUACAAAGGGAAAGAAGAUGUGGGAAAGACCUUUGCUAGCUAGAAGGUGCAAUCAACCUGUUGACCAAUUCUACUUCUAACUAAAGGAACGAUUUUGAGCCAUUGUAACAAUGCCUUUUUUUCUUCAUAAAAAAUGAUUCAGAGUGGUGACAAAGCAGUUGAAUUUUCAUUUUAAGAGGAUCUUGCUAUUUUUAUCUGAAAUAUCAGUUUCUUGAAGAAACUGGCAUUCUAACCAAAUUGCAUUGAGUUUAUUAUCUUUUGUAAGAAGUUGGAGAAACUUUGGAUAAUCCCAUGGAUUUGGGAUAAUGUAUUUCUUUCAAGAUCCAUUGCACUGGAGAGAUUAAUGGCUUAGAGUUGGGUAUUUUUACAUAGUUCUCCUGCUCUACGUCACCCUGAAGUGCUGUGCACAUAUGUGAAGGAAAAAUGUAAGAUGGCACACAUGAUGCUGUUUUCUGCUUCAUGGCCAUGUGCUUUUUUCAUAGAAAAAUUCAGUAGACCUAAACAGAUGCAGAACUUAAGCCAGUUUCCUAAAUGCAUGGUAUUACUGAGUUAUAGCCAAACAAAUGUAGAUAGGAAUAAGAAAUCCACUAAAUUAUGGGUUUUGCAGUAGGGAAAAAAUACUCAUAUAGCUUCUAAAGUAACUCGUUUGUGUUGGGUUUUAAUGCCAGUUUCACCAUUACAUCUCCUAGCAGAUGGUAAAAUUGGGCUCUAUCAUGACAACUCAAAACUUCGUUCAAACUCUAUCACAAUUUCCUUUGAGGACCUGGAAUUAUAAAAUAUAUAUUUUAAUUGUUAUUAGUUGGAGUUUCUUUCGUAAUUAAGGGUUUCUUGAUUAAUUUAAGAUGACUUCAUGCAGCCCCUUCAGAAUGUAUCCAAACUGGCCAUAGCAGACAAACAGUGUGGGUUUUAACACAGCUUUUCAUUUUCUAUGGGGAAAAAAAAAAAUCGGAGGUAAAUGACCUGCAUGUAAACUUUUUCAUGUGAUACAACUGCAGUUUUAUUAAGUGACUUUUUAAUUCCAAAAUUUAUUAAAAGACAGUGUCCCCCUUUA